AUGGCGGCCGACAGCCGAGAGGAGAAAGAUGGAGAACUUAAUGUUCUAGAUGAUAUUUUGACUGAAGUACCAGAACAGGAUGAUGAGCUCUAUAAUCCAGAGAGUGAACAAGAUAAAAAUGAGAAAAAGGGUUCAAAAAGAAAAAGUGACCGAAUGGAAUCAACUGACACAAAGCGACAAAAGCCUUCUGUUCAUUCAAGACAAUUGAUUUCUAAGCCACUGACCUCAUCAGUUAACAAUAACAAAAGAAUGGUUAGUACAAAAGGAAAAUCAGUCACAGAGUAUAAAAAUGAGGAGUAUCAAAGAUCUGAAAGAAACAAGCGGUUAGAAGCUGAUCGGAAGAUUCGUUUGUCAAGCAGUGCCUCUAGAGAACCUUAUAAGAGUCAGCCUGACAAAACUUGUCUGCGGAAAAGGGAUCCUGAAAGGAGGGUCAAAUCCCCUACACCAGAUGAUUCUGAGAGAAUUGGGCUUGAAGUGGAUAGACGUGCAAGCAGAUCCAGCCAGUCUUCUAAGGAGGAAGUGAACUCUGAAGAAUAUGGCUCUGACCACGAGACUGGCAGCAGUGGUUCUUCUGAUGAGCAAGGCAACAACACUGAGAAUGAGGAGGAGGGGGUGGAAGAUGUGGAGGAAGACGAAGAGGUAGAAGAAGAUGCAGAGGAAGAUGAAGAGGUGGAUGAAGAUGGCGAGGAGGAGGAGGAGGAAGAAGAGGAGGAGGAGGAAGAAGAGGAGGAGGAAGAGGAGGAAGAAGAAUAUGAACAGGAUGAGAGAGACCAGAAGGAAGAGGGAAAUGACUAUGACACUAGAAGUGAGGCUAGCGACUCUGAUUCUGAAUCUGUUACCUUCACGGAUGGGUCCGUCAGAUCUGGUUCAGGAACAGAUGGAUCAGAUGAGAAAAAGAAGGAAAGAAAGAGAGCUAGAGGCAUAUCUCCUAUUAUUUUUGAUAGAAGUGGAAGCUCUGCAUCGGAGUCAUAUGCAGGUUCAGAAAAGAAGCAUGAGAAAUUAUCAUCUUCCGUUCGUGCUGUCCGAAAAGAUCAAACCAGUAAACUCAAAUAUGUUCUACAGGAUGCAAGAUUUUUUCUGAUAAAGAGUAACAACCAUGAGAAUGUGUCCCUUGCCAAAGCUAAGGGUGUAUGGUCUACACUGCCUGUAAAUGAGAAGAAAUUAAAUGUUGCAUUCAGAUCUGCAAGGAGUGUUAUCUUAAUAUUUUCUGUGAGAGAGAGUGGAAAAUUUCAAGGAUUUGCAAGACUUUCUUCAGAAUCACAUCAUGGAGGAUCUCCUAUACAUUGGGUACUUCCAGCAGGAAUGAGUGCUAAAAUGCUGGGAGGUGUCUUUAAAAUUGAUUGGAUUUGCAGGCGUGAAUUACCCUUUACUAAGUCAGCUCAUCUCACCAAUCCUUGGAAUGAACAUAAGCCAGUAAAGAUUGGACGUGAUGGACAGGAAAUUGAACUUGAAUGUGGAACCCAGCUUUGUCUUCUAUUUCCCCCUGAUGAAAGUAUUGACUUGUAUCAGGUCAUUCAUAAAAUGCGUCACAAGAGAAGAAUGCAUUCUCAGCCCCGAUCAAGAGGACGACCAUCCCGUCGAGAACCAGUCCGGGAUGUGGGAAGGCGUCGACCAGAAGAUUAUGAUAUUCAUAACAGCAGAAAGAAACCAAGGAUUGACUAUGCCCCUGAGUUUCAUCAGAGACCAGGGUAUUUAAAGGAUCCACGAUACCAGGAAGUAGAUAGACGGUUUUCAGGAGUUCGCCGAGAUGUAUUUUUAAAUGGGUCCUACAAUGAUUAUGUGAGGGAAUUUCAUAACAUGGGACCACCACCACCUUGGCAAGGAAUGACUCCUUAUCCUGGAAUGGAACAACCUCCCCACCAUCCUUACUAUCAGCACCAUGCUCCACCUCCUCAAGCUCAUCCCCCUUAUUCAGGACAUCACCCAGUACCACAUGAAGCAAGAUACAGAGAUAAACGAGUACAUGAUUAUGAUAUGAGGGUGGAUGAUUUCCUUCGUCGAACACAGGCUGUUGUCAGUGGCCGGAGAAGUAGACCCCGUGAAAGAGAUCGGGAGCGAGAACGAGACCGCCCUAGAGAUAACAGAAGAGACAGAGAGCGAGAUAGAGGACGUGAUAGAGAAAGAGAAAGAGAGCGAUUAUGUGAUCGGGACAGAGACCGAGGGGAGAGAGGUAGAUAUAGGAGAUAA